AUGACCGGAGUCUUUGACAGUUUGGUGGCCGACAUGCACUCGACCCAGAUCACGGCCUCCAGCACGUUCCACCAGCCCCCGCAGCCCCCGAGCGGCGGCGGCGCGGGCCCCGGCAGCAGCCUGCACAAGCCGCAGGAGUCGCCGACCCUCCCGGUGUCCACGGCCACCGACAGCAGCUACUACACCAACCAGCAGCCCCCGGCGGGCGGCGGCGGCGGCGGCUCGCCCUACCCCAGCAUGGGCUCCUACCAGUACCACGCGGGCGGCCUCGGCGGCGUCCCCUACUCCGCCAAGGGCGGCUACGACCUGGGCUACACCGCAGCCUACUCCUCCUACGCGCCCUACGGGACCAGUCCGUCCCCGGCCAAUAACGAGCCUGAGAAAGAGGACCUCGAACCUGAGAUCCGGAUAGUGAACGGGAAGCCAAAGAAAGUCCGGAAACCCCGCACCAUCUAUUCCAGCUUCCAGCUGGCCGCCCUGCAGCGGCGCUUCCAGAAGACUCAGUACCUGGCGCUGCCCGAGCGCGCCGAGCUGGCCGCGUCCCUGGGCCUCACCCAGACGCAGGUCAAAAUCUGGUUCCAGAACCGCCGGUCCAAGUUCAAGAAGAUGUGGAAGAGCGGAGAGCUCCCCUCGGAGCAGCACCCGGGGGCCAGCGCCUCGCCGCCCUGCGCGUCGCCGCCGGCCUCGGCGCCCGCCUCCUGGGACUUCGGGGCGCCGCCGCGGGUCGGGGGCGGCGGCGGCGGCAGCUCGGGCUCCAGCCCCAGCGGCGCGGCCUCGGCCUUCCUGGGCAGCUACCCCUGGUACCACCAGGCCUCGGGCUCGGCCUCCCACCUGCAGGCCGCGGCGCCGCUGCUGCACCCCACGCAGACCCCGCCGCCGCACCACCACCACCACCACCAUCACCAACACCAGCACCAGCACCAAGGCGGCGGGGGCGCCCCGGUGAGCGCCGGGACGAUUUUCUAG